AUGCGCAGUUGGGGGUUCAACUCCCCAAUCCGAGCGCGGGGAGGAUCCCCGCGACCCAAGACUCGCGCAAAGCCGGCUGAGCCUGGCGAUGGCGAAGCCCGCAGUGCCUCGAAGGAACGCAGGGGACGCGGUCGCCGGCGGAGCCAGGCUUCCAGACAGCGACGACGGCGGCCUAGGUCCGACGACAAGAAAGAUCGCUCCAGGAGGGGCCCAAAGCGAAGAAGGCGGCACGCCGACGCGGAGAAGGGAAAUCCAGAUGCUCCCGAGGACCAAGCUCAAAAUGAGAAGGGCCCGCCAGAGGACGCAGAUCAUCCCAAGGAGGGUGAGUCGGACACCGAGGUAGUGGAGCGCGACUCGGACACGGAGGAGCCCGCGCCCAACGGCCUGCGGUCCCCGCAGGGGUCCCCGCGCGGGUCCCCGCGCGGAUCCCCGCGCGGGUCGCGGUCUCCUGCAGAUCUCCGGGAGCUCCCAAAACAGGAAUCCGCGGAGCGCCCUACGGAGCCCAGGGAGACCUCCAGCCCAGAGCCUGCGGCCGACAAGGACGGCGCUCCCAAGCGACGGAAGAAGAAGGACGGAAAGUCAGAGAAGAAGCGGAAGAAGAAGGGAAAAGGCGACAAGCUCGGCAAGGAAGAAGCCGAGGUGGAGGAGAAGGAAGAGCGACCGGAGCCUCAGGAGGCACCAAAGAGUCCCGAGGAGCCGAGCCCUGUGAGGGAGCAAGAAGUGCCGGAGAAGCAAGAGCCAGAGGAGAAGAAGAAAAAGAAGCGGAAAAGGAGGAAGGACAAAGAUGGCGCGCUGCCUGCACAGGUCGCCAAGGAAGAGGCAGACUUGGAGGAGAAGGAAGAUCGACCGGAGCCUCAGGAGGCACCGCCAAGUCCCCAGGAGCCCAGCCCUGCAAGGGAGCAAGAAGUGCCGGAGAAGCAGGAGCCAGAGGAGAAGAAGAAAAAGAAAAGGAAGAGAAGGAAGGACAAAGACGGAAACAAGAAGGACGACGACAAGUCCGAGGGCGAGCAGGCUGCCCCGAUGGAGAGCAAUCCCAGCAAGGCGGCACUUCUCGCGGCGGGGGCGCCCCGACCCAAAGCGGCGCCCAAGAGAUCAGCCUUCCGGCACAUGAUGCUUGGCGCGCUGGAUGAGCCGCGUGAGGAGGCAAAAGGCACGGCGGAUGACUUGAAGACCGAAAGCGGGCCUGGGUCUGCGGCCGAAGACAGCGACCAUCAGGAGGCGGCGUCCGCGCGACUCCGCGGAGCUCCUGAAGGUGCCUCUGCGGCUGAUCUCGCAACCCAGAAGGAGGAGAAGGCCUCGGAAGUGGCCAAGUCCGAGGACGAGAAGAAGGCCUCUUCCGAAAAAGCGCCUUCCGAAGCUCCGCCAUCGGCUGAGGACGCCACAACAUCUGGGGGGGAGGCAGAGAAGGAGGACCGGCGAGAGGAGGUGAAGAAAGAGGCUACAGAGGAGGAGCAGGAGGAGCAGGAGGAGCAGGAGGAGAAGGAGAUGAAGGAGAAGAAGCAGGAUUCCCCGAGGAACGAGAGGCUCCGAAAGCUCAUCCGUGGUGUCUACGAGAGAAAGAACCAGGAGAAGCUGGUGGACCUGGACGACUUGCUGGCCAAGUACGCCGACAAGCUGGAGCAGGCGUAUGACUACGUCUGCAACAAGUACGGCGAGACCAAGGAGGACUUGGAAGACGAGGAGGUGCCGCCACUGACGGUAUUUGAGAAGCAGAAGGAAAGCGCCAGCGAGGCUGAGAGCCAGGAGGACCGCCCAGAAGGAAGACACAAAGGCCGGAAAAGAGCGGGCCAUGGUCAUCACAGGGACAAGUCGCAAGAGCGGAAAGCCGUGAAGAAGGAGCAGAAGGAGAAAGACAAGGAGAAGGACAAAGACAGGGACAAGGAGAGGGACAAGGAGAAAAAGCGGAAGGACAAGGAUCGAGAAAAGGAUAAGCGGCGCGGCAAAGAGAGCCAUUCCCUGCCUGGCGCUCCGCCUCCGUCGCAUCUGCCGAUGCACAUGAUGCCAGGGAUGGGGAUGCCCAUGCGACCUGGGAUGCCAGGCAUGCCCAUGGGAAUGCAUGGCAUGCCGCCGUACCCCUGGGGGCAUUAUGUGGACCCUCGCUUGGCCGAGGCGAUGGAGAAGAAAGAGAAGAAGGAACCGAAGGAGAAGAAGGACAAAGACAAGAAGGACAAGAAGGAGGACAAGAAGGACAAGGGAUCCAAAGAGAAGAAGGACAAGAAGGAGCAGGAGUCCGGUGCUGCGUCGCCCGCCCCGGCCAGAGGUGACGCCGUCCAGGACCCCAUGAAGGCGGCCCGCCUCCGGGAGCUGAUCCGCGGCAUCUACUUCCGUCGGAACCCGACGAAGCUGGCGGAACUGGACUCGAUCUUCGAGAAGUACGCCGGCUCCGAGUGGGAAGUGUACGAGCAUGUGUGCAAGAAGUACGGCGAGCCCAUGCUGGAGACACCGGACCCGGGCCUCUCUGGAGCGUCGCCAUCUGGCCCUUCCAGGCCACCAGAGGCCACGGUACCGGCGCAGGACAACCGGGUGGCGGACGUCACGUCGCCCCAGCGACCGAAGGCCGUGGCCGUCACAAAGAUGGAGCCUGCAGAGGAGGACCGGGCGCAGCCUAGCAUACGUGCCUGGCCCUUCGAGGAGGCCUACUCGCCAAACUCACCUUCUCCGAGCCCACUGCCGGCCAGCGAAGCUCCCGCACAGCGGCGCAGCGAGAAGGCCGGGGCACGCAGCGAGAAGGUGGGCGGCCGGCCUUCGCGCCACCAAAGCGAACCCUGGAGGCCCCCUGCUUCGGCGCCUUCCAAGGUGCCGCCAGAUGCGCGAGCCACCAGUGCGAAUGCCACGACGGCUGCCGCAGCACGCGUGGCCAAAAUGUUGGCCGGCAAGCAGCCCGCCUUGGCGUCGGCUUGGGCCGCGCCCGUCGCCUCGAAACCUGAGGUGGCGUCUGCUUGGGGCGAGCCUGUGGCAGCCAAGGACAAGCCAAAGUCAGCCCUGGAGGGACGGCCAUCAGCGACUGCGCCCAAGAAGGAAGCUCCAACCACGGAGCCCGCGCCAAAAGCAGAGGCGCCUCCAGCGACUGCCGCGCAAAGCGCCGUGGCGAAGGAGGCCAAGGCCCCGAAAGAGGCGAAGGCCUCGACCGAACUUCACAGGCCUGGCACCCGGGCCGCUGCUGCAGAACUCGCAAGGCAGAAGGCUGCAGAAGUCGCUGCGUCCUUGGCCUCCCGAACUGGGGGUGCGGGCGCAGCUGGCAAUGCAGGCAAGCGCGUGGCCGCUGAGCCGCUGAUGUCCCAGGAGAAGAAGAGCAAGGUGGAGCCUGCCCCCGCCGAAGACAGUGACAGCGAAGUCACUGAGGCGCCAAGCGGCGACGAGGCGGAGAAGGACGGGAAGACCGAGGCCAAGGAAGCUAAGCCAGACGCGGCAGCCCCGGCGGCCGCAGCGCCCCCGGCAGCCGCGGCGCCGGCUUCCACUCCUUCGGAGACUCCUGCGGUCUCAAGCACACCGAGACCUCCAGAUCCUCCCGCUCCAAGUGCACAAGCCACACAAGCCACUCCGACGCCCACCCCUGCGACCAGCACCCCAGAGACCCCGGCGUCCGCCACCGCGGCGACCGCGGCGGCGUCUUCUUCUGUUUUGAAUACAUCGCGGCCCCUGCCGCCAGCUCCACCCGCACCGCCGGCACCGCCACCACCCCCGAGGCCGUUGCGACCCGUGGGUGUCCUGAACACCCCCCCGCCGCAGCAUGCUGGAUGCGGCCCAACUCCUGUGGGCUGGGCCCAGCGACCCCUGGGCGCCCCCACAGCGCCGAUGCAAUUUGGGGCACCAGGCAUGGGCUUUGCAACCGGAAUGCCGCACAUGAAUGCUCCAAUGGCGGUUCCGCAGCUCCAGGUGCCAACUGUCGUUAUGGGAGGUGCGCAACAGCUGCCAGGAAUGCCAGUCCAACCAGGGCCCUUCGGCGCCCAGAUGCAAAUACGGCCUGGGUGGACGGUGCAGCUCUUGCAACAACCAGGUAUGACUGCGCCUCCCCAGUGA